CUUACUCUCUUGUUCUCUCUACCUGCACAGCGCUCUAUUGCGGCUAGGGUUUUUCUCUCUCAUAUACCCUCUUGAUUCUGUUCUUCUCUCGCUCUUUUCUACCCGUGAAUCUUUGUCUCUCCCUGUGUAUUGCUUGCGAUGGGGUUGAUGUUGAUAUAGGGUCCAGUGGUCGCCUUCUCGUUGGUAUAAGUCUCUGUUGAGUUGUGUGGAGGUUUUGCAUCGGGGCUUUCUGAAAUGGCGACCAUGAACCCUUUCGAUUUGUUGGGUGAUGAUGCCGAGGACCCGUCGCAGCUUAUCGCGGCGGAACAGGAGAAGGUUGUGGCGGCUGCGCCGAAGAAAGCCGGGGCUCAUGACCAGGGUAAGCAGGGAGCUCGUUCUCAGUCACAGCAACAGAGCAAGGUGGCUCAGAUGCCUACUAAGCCACCUCCUCCAUCUCAGGCCGUGAGGGAAGCAAGAAAUGACACUUAUCGGGGAGGCCGUGGAGGUGGACGAGGAGGUGGGCGUGGAUAUGGUCGUGGCUUUAACCGUGACUUUUCAAAUGAUGAUAAUUCAUUCUCUGGCACUGGAGCUCCUGCUGGUCAGGGAGCUCUUGAAGAAGGAGAUACUGGUAAGCCUGCAGAAAGGCGCGGACCUCGUGGUCCUUAUCGUGGUGGUCGCCGAGGUGGCUUGAGCAAUGGAGAAGUGGGUGAAGAUGUACGCCCACGAAGAGCGUUUGAACGCCGCAGUGGGACUGGACGCGGAAAUGAGAUCAAACGUGAUGGUUCUGGACGAGGUAACUGGGGAACAUCAACUGAUGAACUUGCCCAGGUGACUGAGGAAGUUGUGACUGAAGCUGACAAGAAUUUGGGUGAUGAGAAGCCUGCAGUUGAGGAAGAAGCAGCAGAUGCCAACAAAGAUAAUCCUACUAAUGAAGCUGAAGAGAAAGAGCCUGAGGAUAAAGAGAUGACUCUGGAAGAAUACGAGAAAGUGUUGGAAGAGAAACGUAAGGCCUUGCAGGCACUCAGGACUGAGGAGAGAAAAGUAGAUGUUAAGGAGUUUGAGUCCAUGCAGCAACUGUCAAGCAAGAAAGACAAUGAUGACAUCUUCAUUAAACUGGGAUCUGAUAAGGACAAGCGCAAGGAGGCUCUUGAGAGGGAAGAGAAAUCCAAGAAGGCUGUCAGCAUUAACGAGUUUCUGAAGCCUGCUGAAGGGGAAAGGUACUACUCAGGUGGACGUGGCAGGGGUCGUGCUCGUGGAUCAAGAGGUUAUGGUGGUAAUGCUGCAGGCAGUGCGGCAGCUCCAUCAAUUGAAGAUCCUGGGCAGUUUCCAACAUUGGGUGGCAAGUGAGGUUAUCUAGAACCUUGCUGGCAUUUCCCUGUCCUUUAUUCGAUUUUGAGUCAUCUGCUUUGAACUGAGUCAGAAAUUACCAUGGUAAUUGGAUUUCAUGCGUCAGAAGGAUCAUUUAAUUUUAUCUUAGAAUGUAAAUUUAGGUUCAUCAUACGGUCCGUUGUUCACUUGUAGCCUUUCCCCCCAGUUGCUGUGUUUUGCUUCUCUCUGUUGAAAUUUUGGGGGUAUGUCAUGGCGGAUAAAACAUAAAUGUUGCUGAGUCUGCUUUUAUUUAUAAGAUUGAUUACUCAGUUUUGGUUUCAAAA